GACAGUGGCAGAUACACACGGCUUGUGGUUGUAGCUAAGCUGAGCUAAGAAGAAGAAUUCACGCAUUUCACGUUCUGUUGCGACAGUUGUGAAGAGGGAAAAAGGAAAAGAAAAGAAAAGAAAAGGGGGUGAGAUUUUCGGUUGUGAACGAUUAUAGAGUUAGAUUGUGCGCGCUGGCAGCAAUUUCUCUUGUUGUUUUUAUAGAUUCCGUCAGAAAAUUGGGGGAAUGGAGAUUGGAUUUAAUUAAUCAAUGGGGAAAUCAAUUCUGUGGGAAGUGGACAACAGAUAACUGUUUCUGUGGGUUUUAAAAAAAGAGUAACUGUUAAAGAAGAAGAAGUUGGAGUGAGUAGUGAUCAUUGGAUUGAUAAGAGAAUCGAAGAAGAUGUCGAUACCGAAGGAGCCCGAGCAGGUGAUGAAGAUGAGGGGAGGGUCGGUGCUUGGCAAGAAGACCAUUCUCAAGAGCGACCAUUUCCCUGGUUGCCAGAACAAGCGUCUCUCUCCUCAGAUCGAAGGUGCUCCUAAUUACCGCCAGGCUGAUUCCUUACAUGUUCAUGGCGUUGCUAUCCCAACCAUUGAUGGAAUCAGGAAUGUUCUCAAGCACAUUGGUGCUCAGAAACAGGGCAAGAGAGCUCAUGUUCUCUGGAUUAGCCUUCGCGAGGAACCGCUUGUGUACAUCAAUGGUCGCCCCUUUGUUUUGCGUGAGGUGGAGAGACCGUUCUCUAACCUUGAGUAUACGGGAAUUAAUAGGGAACGGGUUGAACAAAUGGAAGCUCGUUUGAAACAGGACAUACUGUUGGAAGCUGCCAGAUAUGGAAAUAAAAUCCUUGUGACCGAUGAACUUCCAGAUGGUCAGAUGGUGGACCAAUGGGAACCAGUAUCAUGUAAUUCCGUGAAGACACCAUUAGAGGUGUAUGAGGAGUUACAAGUGGAGGGAUACCUAGUUGAUUAUGAGCGAGUUCCUAUAACUGAUGAAAAAUCACCAAAGGAACAGGAUUUUGAUAUUUUGGUUCAUAAAGUUUUUCAAGCUGAUGUAAAUACAGAGAUAAUUUUUAACUGUCAAAUGGGACGUGGACGAACUACAACUGGAAUGGUCAUUGCAACUUUGGUAUACCUAAACCGAAUUGGGGCCUCUGGGAUUCCAAGAAGCAAUUCAAUUGGAAGAAUUUCUCAAAGUAUGACCAAUAUAGCUGACCAUUUACCUAACUCAGAGGAGGCAAUUCGCAGGGGAGAAUACGGAGUCAUAAGAAGCUUGAUCCGGGUAUUAGAGGGUGGUCUUGAGGGGAAAAGACAAGUGGACAAAGUCAUUGACAGGUGUGCUUCAAUGCAGAACCUGCGUGAAGCAAUUGCCACCUAUCGUAACAGCAUUCUACGACAACCUGAUGAGAUGAAAAGAGAGGCAUCACUUUCUUUUUUUGUGGAGUACUUGGAGAGAUAUUACUUUUUGAUAUGUUUUGCUGUUUACAUUCAUUCAGAAAGGGCGGCACUUGAAUCUAGUGCUGCUGGUCAUAGUAGUUUUGCAGAUUGGAUGAGAGCAAGACCUGAACUCUACAGUAUUCUUCGCAGGUUACUUAGGAGAGAUCCAAUGGGUGCACUUGGAUAUUCAUCUUUGCAACCGUCUCUAAAAAAGAUAGCCGAAUCUACUGAUGGCCGCCCCUGUGAGAUGGGUGUGGUUGCUGCUUUGAGGAAUGGAGAGGUUCUUGGUAGUCAAACCGUUCUAAAAAGUGAUCACUGUCCAGGGUGUCAAAACCCAAGUUUGCCCGAGAGAGUGGACGGGGCUCCUAAUUUCCGAGAGGUUCCUGGGUUUCCAGUUUAUGGUGUAGCAAAUCCAACAAUUGAUGGUAUUCGAUCUGUCAUUCGUAGGAUUGGUAGCUCUAAAGGUGGACGCCCAGUACUUUGGCAUAAUAUGAGAGAAGAACCUGUUAUUUACAUCAAUGGGAAGCCAUUUGUUCUUCGUGAAGUAGAAAGACCAUACAAAAAUAUGCUAGAAUACUCGGGAAUUGAUCGUGAAAGAGUGGAGAAAAUGGAGGCUCGGUUGAAAGAAGAUAUACUUCGGGAAGCUAACCACUAUGGCAAUGCCAUAAUGGUUAUUCAUGAAACAGAUGAUGGCCAUAUAAGUGAUGCUUGGGAGCAUGUCACGCCUGACAUGGUUCAGACUCCACUUGAAGUUUUUAAAAGCCUCGAGGCUGAUGGGUUUCCCAUUAAAUAUGCGCGAGUUCCCAUCACUGAUGGAAAAGCUCCUAAAAGUUCUGAUUUCGACACAAUGGCAUGUAAUAUUGCUUGUGCUGCAAAGGAUACUGCUUUUGUCUUCAAUUGUCAGAUGGGUAGGGGCAGGACAACCACUGGUACUGUUAUAGCUUGCCUUGUGAAGCUUCGAAUUGAUUAUGGUAGGCCCAUUAAAAUACUAGGUGCUGAUGUGACCCAUGAAGAAUCAGAUAGUGGUUCCUCAAGUGGAGAUGAAGCUGGGGGCAAUGCCACUGCAUUAACCUCCGAUACUUUGCAAAUAACAACAGAUGAGAAACAAAGCCGUGUCUUUGGUAUAAAUGACAUCCUCUUGCUGUGGAAGAUAACAACAUUAUUUGAAAAUGGUGUUGAAUGUCGGGAAGCCUUAGAUGCUAUUAUUGAUAGAUGUUCUGCUCUUCAAAACAUUCGUCAAGCUGUUCUGAAGUAUAGAAAAGUAUUCAAUCAACAGCACGUUGAGCCUAGAGUAAGGAGGGUAGCUUUGAAUCGUGGUGCUGAGUACCUAGAGAGGUACUUCCGUUUAAUUGCUUUCGCAGCAUAUCUUGGAAGUGGAGCAUUUGAUGCGUUCUGUGGACAAGGAGGAUCCAAAAUGACAUUUAAGGUUUGGUUGCACCAGAGGCCAGAGGUGCAGGCUAUGAAAUGGAGCAUCAGGCUGAGGCCAGGGCGAUUUUUCACUGUCCCUGAAGAGUUGAGGCAACCACAAGAAUCUCAGCAUGGAGAUGCAGUGAUGGAGGCUAUUGUCAAGUCCCGAAAUGGUUCUGUUCUCGGGAAUGGUUCCAUUCUGAAAAUGUAUUUUUUUCCUGGUCAGAGAACUUCCAGUAACAUACAAAUACAUGGUGCACCAAAUGUUUACAAGGUUGAUGAAUACCCUGUGUAUAGCAUGGCAACUCCAACCAUCACUGGCGCCAAGGAGAUGCUAACCUAUUUGGAAGCUAAGCCUACAACUGCCUUAACUGCUAGAAAAGUUAUAUUAACUGAUGUGAGGGAGGAAGCAGUUGUUUAUAUCAAUGGUACUCCCUUUGUCCUAAGGGAGUUAAACAAACCUGUUGAUACUCUCAAGUAUGUGGGAAUCACUGGUCCCGUGGUGGAGCACAUUGAAGCUCGGUUGAAAGAAGAUAUACUAGCUGAAAUAAGACAUUCUGGCGGCCGAAUGCUACUACACCGUGAAGAAUAUAACCCUUCAACAAAUCAAUCUGAUGUGGUUGGAUACUGGGAAAACAUUUCGGCAGAUGAUGUGAAGACACCUUCAGAAGUUUAUUCUGCUCUAAAAGAUGAUGGAUAUGAUAUUGUCUACCAGAGGAUCCCCUUAACACGAGAAAGAGAUGCUUUAGCCUCAGAUGUUGAUGCAAUUCAGUAUUGUAAAGAUGAUUCUGCAGGGAGUUAUCUUUUUGUAUCACACACAGGUUUUGGUGGAGUUUCAUAUGCAAUGGCCAUCAUCUGUUGUAGACUUGGUGCUGAGGCAAACUUUGCAUCCACAGUCCCACAGCCAUUAUAUGGUCCCCACAUAUGUGCAGUGUCUGAAGAGAAUCUGCCAUCCCGAGCUUCUGACGAAACAGCACUCAGGAUGGGCGACUAUCGUGACAUUUUGAGCCUUACAAGAGUCCUCAUAUAUGGUCCCCAAAGCAAAGCAGAUGUUGAUGUUGUCAUUGAAAGAUGUGCAGGUGCAGGGCAUAUUCGAGAUGAUAUUCUUCAUUACAGUAAAGCAUUUCAAAAGUUCACCGACGAUGAUGAUGAGAAACGUGCAUAUCUUAUGGACAUGGGUAUCAAGGCUUUGAGGCGGUAUUUUUUCCUUAUCACAUUCAGAUCCUACCUCUACUGCACCUCUCCUUCGGACAUGGAAUUUUCUGCAUGGAUGGAUGCUAGGCCAGAGCUUGGUCAUCUAUGUAACAAUCUAAGAAUAGACAAAUAAAAUAAUGUAGUAUAUUAGCAAUGCUCAUAAUUCUGUUAAUGUACAGUUGGCAUUUGCUGUUACAGUUUGUCCACCAUCUCUCUGUCCCAUGCCGCGCAAAUGCCUUAAUUUUUGGUAACGACGCCUCUAAUUGCAGUAGUCACUUACUGGUUUGCAAACUGCUCUUUCAGGCAGAGCAGAACAGCAUCAUGUAGUUAGUUCCUCGCUUCUCUUUGUAUGUUAAGGUAUCAUCAAAAUGCUUAAAAGAGCAAUAUCUGAUUGCUUAGAAGUCUGGCAUGUAGGGGAAGAUUUUGGUGGACAGAGUCUUCAUUGUGGAAAGUGAAAACCCAUUAGACAUUAGGUUACCCUACUAAGGAGUGUUACUUACAUCUCUCGUCCAUAGAUUGUAUUUUAUUGUUAUUUCCGUGAGGUUUUGUUUGGUUGUUUCGUAAGGGUCCAAUCAAGUGUUUCAUGAUAAAUGAUUUUGAAGAGACUAUAGUUAUCCUCAUUCAGUAAAGGGAGGGACGAAGUUCCCUUUUUCAUU